GAUCGCCAAGUUCGCUGACUUGGGUAAUUUUCGUUCAUCAGUUUUUAGCUGCUGCUACUAACGAAGUGUGUGCGCAAAAAUGCGUCUUUAAUCCGCGCGAGGCCGGGCCUGUGUGCGUUUGUGCGUAUUCGAGUGGAAAGCAGCAGCCAGUUGAAAACGGCAUUUUCGGGGUGUCGGAAUCUGCGGUGCGUUGAUAACGGUUCCCCGGGGAAGUGAGUCGAGAAUCUAGUGAGAGCCCUCGUGGACGUCGGUCAAGUGGAUUUGCGGGACAAGGUCCGGGAAAAGCGUGCGUGUUCCGAGUGGAAAAAAGUGGCAGGAAAAUCGAUCCGUCAAGUGCUGAGCUGAAAAUCCGGAAAAAUAUGGAAAAGUGUGACUCCGCGACCGAGGGCAACUGCGACACAGAGCCACCCGUCGUCGUCGGCCCGCCAGCAUCGCUGACCAACGGAAACAUCGUUACAACAACCGCCACCGGAAAGCAGCCCCAACCGCAGAUCAAACGGGUUUCGUUCUCCAAUGCCAAUCACAUCUACGAGGGACGUGACGACGACAAUUCGGACAGCUCCAACGGCACUAGCAGCUCGAACCUGCUCGUCGAAAACGGCACCGACGCCGCCACGCUAGAUUCGGUCAACGAAAAUACAAUCGCGGGCAGUGCGGGUGUAAUGGAGUCCGGGGCAGGACCGGGAGAGGUCGGCGACCGGCCGCGCUUCUCCGUGGGCGAGCUGGACGAGGAGUCCAAGGAUGAGUUCCCGCAGACGAUGGAGAACGGCGCUGGGCACGGUUCGCACGCGGCGUACGAGACGAAUCUUAACGAGCGGCGACGGCGGCUGAGGCCUAGUAUGUCCCACGGAACUGGGUUGGGCCAAGAACGCUACCAAGAGCGAGACUUUGUACUGUCCACGACGGAGGAGUUUGUCAAGAAGUUCAACGGAACACGCGCAAUUACCAAGAUCCUGAUCGCCAACAAUGGCAUCGCCGCGGUCAAGUGUAUGCGCUCGGUGCGCCGCUGGUCGUACGAGAUGUUCAAAAACGAGCGCGCCGUCCGCUUCGUGGUCAUGGUCACGCCGGAGGACCUCAAGGCGAACGCCGAGUACAUCAAGAUGGCCGACCACUACGUGCCGGUUCCGGGCGGAUCGAACAACAACAACUACGCCAACGUCGAGCUCAUCGUGGACAUUGCGCUGCGCACGCAGGUCCAGGCCGUCUGGGCCGGUUGGGGCCACGCGUCCGAGAACCCGAAACUGCCCGAGCUGCUGCACAAGAAGGGGCUGGUGUUUCUGGGGCCGCCGGAGCGGGCCAUGUGGGCACUUGGGGACAAGGUGGCCUCGUCGAUUGUGGCACAAACGGCGGAGAUUCCUACGCUGCCGUGGUCGGGGUCUGAGCUGAAGGCGCAGUACAGUGGCAAGAAGAUCAAGAUUUCCAGUGACCUGUUUGCGCGGGGUUGCGUCACGACGUCGGAGCAUGGUUUGGUGGCGGCGGCCAAGAUUGGCUACCCGGUUAUGAUCAAGGCGUCCGAGGGUGGUGGCGGCAAGGGAAUUCGACGGGUUGAUUGCGCGGAUGAGUUCCCGGCGCUGUUCCGACAGGUGCAGGCCGAGGUGCCUGGUUCGCCGAUUUUCGUGAUGAAGUUGGCGCGUGGGGCGAGACAUUUGGAGGUGCAACUGUUGGCCGAUCAGUACGGAAAUGCGAUCAGUUUGUUUGGGCGUGAUUGCUCGAUUCAGCGUCGUCACCAGAAGAUUAUUGAGGAAGCGCCGGCCAUCAUUGCCGAGCCGGAGGUGUUUGAGGACAUGGAGAAGGCAGCGGUUCGGUUGGCCAAGAUGGUGGGGUAUGUGAGUGCGGGGACGGUUGAAUAUCUGUACGAUGCCGAGGGUCGGUACUUUUUCCUGGAGUUGAAUCCUCGUCUUCAGGUGGAGCAUCCGUGUACGGAAAUGGUUGCGGAGGUGAAUUUGCCCGCCUGUCAGCUGCAGAUUGGAAUGGGCAUUCCGCUGUAUAGGAUUAAGGACAUUCGGCUGCUGUACGGAGAAAAUCCGUGGGGAUCUUCGGUAAUUGAUUUCGACAAUCCGAACAACAAGCCACGACCACGUGGACACGUCAUUGCGGCGCGUAUCACUUCGGAGAAUCCGGACGAGGGCUUCAAGCCCAGCUCGGGUACGGUGCAGGAGUUGAACUUCCGAUCGAGCCAGAACGUGUGGGGUUACUUUAGUGUGGCCGCGUCCGGUGGACUGCACGAGUUUGCCGAUUCCCAGUUUGGACAUUGCUUCUCGUGGGGUGAAAAUCGACAAAUGGCGCGUGAGAAUUUGGUGAUUGCGCUGAAGGAACUCUCGAUUCGGGGUGACUUCCGUACGACGGUGGAAUAUCUGAUUACGCUGCUGGAGACGAACAGCUUCUUGGAGAAUACCAUCGACACGGCUUGGCUGGACGCGUUGAUCGCCGAGCGGGUGCAAUCGGACAAACCGGACAUUAUUCUGGGUGUGAUUUGUGGUGCGUUGCACAUUGCCGAUCGGAAGAUUACGGAUGCUUUUACGAGCUUCCAGACUUCGAUGGAGAAGGGACAGAUUCAGGCGGCAAAUACGCUGACGAACGUGGUUGACGUGGAGUUGAUCAACGAGAGCAUUCGCUACAAGGUGCAAGCGGCCAAGAGUGGGCUGAACACGUACUUCCUGGUUAUGAACGGAUCGUUCAAAGAAGUUGAGGUUCAUCGACUGUCUGACGGUGGAAUGCUGAUUUCGCUGGAUGGAUCCAGCUAUACGACGUACAUGAAGGAAGAAGUCGAUCGCUACCGGAUCGUUAUUGGCAAUCAGACGUGCGUUUUUGACAAAGAGAACGAUCCUUCGGUGCUGCGAUCGCCAUCGGCUGGAAAGCUGAUCAAUCUGCUCAUUGAAGACGGUGCCCACGUGAACAAGGGCCAACCGUUUGCCGAGAUUGAAGUGAUGAAGAUGGUCAUGACGCUGACGGCCGGUGAAACCGGCAGUAUUUCGUUUGUACGACGACCUGGAGCUGUGCUGGAUGCCGGUUCUCUCCUCGGACACCUGGAACUGGACGAUCCUUCGCUGGUAACGAAAGCACAACCGUACAAGAACCCUUGGCCACUGACCGGUGACUCCGUACAAAUGCCCGAGAAGCUCAACCGUGUUCACUCGUCGUACAAGAUGAUCCUCGAGAACACACUCGCUGGUUACUGCCUGCCAGAUCCGUACAAUGCACCACGUCUCCGAGAAAUCAUCGAAAAGUUCAUGCAAAGCUUGCGCGAUCCUUCGCUGCCACUGCUCGAGCUGCAGGAAGUGAUCGCUUCCAUUUCCGGACGCAUCCCCCUUUCGGUGGAGAAGAAAAUUCGCAAGCUGAUGCAACUGUACGAGCGCAACAUCACCAGCGUGCUGGCCCAGUUCCCCUCGCAGCAGAUUGCGUCCGUGAUUGACAUGCACGCGGCCACCCUGCAGAAGCGCACCGAUCGCGACGUGUUCUUCCUGACGACGCAGGGCAUCGUCCAGCUGGUGCAGCGCUACCGUAACGGAAUCCGCGGCCGCAUGAAGGCUGCCGUGCACGAACUGUUGCGCCAGUACUACGCCGUUGAAUCUCAGUUCCAGCACGGACACUACGACAAGUGCGUCGCGGCCAUCCGGGACAAACACAAGGACAACAUGGACGUCGUCGUCGGGACGAUCUUUUCCCACAGCCAGGUGGCGAAGAAGAACCUGCUGGUGACGCUGCUCAUCGAUCAUCUGUGGGCGAACGAACCCGGGCUUACGGACGAAUUGGCCGCCACUUUGAGCGAACUUACCUCGCUGAACCGUGCGGAACACUCGCGUGUGGCGCUUCGCGCUCGACAGGUCCUGAUCGCUGCCCACCAGCCGGCUUACGAGCUGCGUCACAACCAGAUGGAGUCCAUCUUCCUGUCGGCCGUUGACAUGUACGGGCACGACUUCCACCCGGAGAACCUGCAGCGGUUGAUCCUGUCGGAGACGUCCAUCUUUGACAUUCUGCACGACUUCUUCUACCACUCGAACCGCGCAGUGUGUAAUGCCGCGCUGGAGGUUUACGUCCGUCGGGCGUACACGUCGUACGAUCUGACCUGCCUGCAGCAUCUGGAGCUGUCCGGCGAAGUCCCGCUGGUGCACUUCCAGUUCCUACUGCCGACGGCGCAUCCCAACCGUUACAAACUCCUCCCGGACGGCACCGAGUCGGACAACCUGACCGACUCGUUCAUGCGCACCGGCUGCAUGGCGGCGUUCGACUCGUACGAGCACUUUACCCAGUACUCGGACGAGAUCCUCGACCUGCUCGAGGACAUGGCCUCGACGGCGUUCGUCAACCCGAAGAUGCUGGAGGCGGUCGAGGCGGGCGACUCGGACCGGCGCAUGAGCACCUCGAUCAACGUGUCCAUCUCGGAGCAGGUGUCGGGCGCGUCGGUCGUGAGCACCGAGGGAGCGGUUGCACCCCACCCGGCGGAAGCGAUCCACAUUCUGAGCAUUGCCGUGCGCGACAUGGGCGACAUGGACGAUCUGCAGAUGGAGGCGGUGUUUGGGGCGUUCUGUGCGCAGCACCGGGAGGAGCUGCUGAGCCGGCGGGUGCGCCGCAUUACGUUUGCCGCGUUGAAGAAGCGUCAAUUCCCCAAGUUCUUUACGUACCGUGCGCGAGAUAACUUUGAGGAGGAUCGAAUCUACCGCCAUCUGGAGCCGGCGUGUGCCUUCCAGCUGGAGUUGAACCGCAUGCGUACGUACGAUUUGGAGGCGUUGCCGACGGCGAAUCAGAAGAUGCACCUGUAUCUGGGACGAGCUAAGGUGCCCAAGGGUCAGGAGGUUACCGAUUUCCGGUUCUUUAUUCGCUCGAUCAUCCGUCACUCGGAUCUGAUCACGAAGGAGGCGUCGUUCGAGUACCUGCAGAACGAAGGCGAGCGAGUGCUGCUGGAAGCGAUGGACGAGCUGGAGGUGGCCUUUUCGCAUCCUCAGGCCAAGCGCACCGACUGCAAUCACAUCUUCCUGAACUUUGUCCCGACGGUCAUCAUGGACCCGGCCAAGAUUGAGGAAUCGGUCACCAAGAUGGUGCUCCGGUACGGACCCCGGCUGUGGAAGCUGCGUGUGCUGCAGGCCGAGCUGAAGAUGGUCAUCCGACAGAACACGCAAUCGCCCACUACCUCAGUUCGCCUUUGUAUUGCCAACGACUCAGGGUACUUUUUAGACAUAGCGAUGUACACCGAAGUGACCGAUCCGGAGACGCACGUGAUCAAAUUCCAGGCGUACGGCAGCCGGCAGGGACCGCUGCACAUGUUGCCGAUUUCGUCGCCGUACAUGACCAAAGACUACCUGCAGCAGAAGCGCUUCCAGGCGCAGUCGAACGGAACGACGUACGUGUACGACAUCCCGGACAUGUUCCGCCAGAUGACGGAGCGGCUGUGGAAGGAGUUUUCCAAGGCCCGGCCUACGGAGGACAUUCGGAUUCCGGAGAAGAUUCUGCUCGUUUGCAACGAGCUCGUACUCAAGGGUGACACGCUGGAAGAAAUCCAGCGAUUGCCGGGUGAAAACAACGUCGGAAUGGUGGCGUGGCGCAUCGUGCUGGCCACUCCGGAGUUCCCCGAGGGUCGUGAAAUCGUCGUGAUUGCGAACGACUUGACGUACUUUAUUGGUUCGUUCGGUCCGCAGGAGGAUCUGCUGUUCUACAAAGCUUCCGAGUUGUCGCGGCAGCGCAAAUGUCCGAGGAUCUACAUUUCGGUGAACAGUGGAGCAAGAAUUGGGCUCGCCGAAGAGGUGAAAUCGCUGUUCAAGAUCGCAUGGGAGGAUCCGGAUGAGCCGGAGAAGGGCUUCAAGUAUCUCUACCUGACGACGGAGGACUACAGCAAGAUUGCCAACACAAAUUCGGUGCGUGCCAUUCUGAUCGAGGACGAAGGCGAGCAGCGGUACAAGAUUACCGAUAUCAUCGGCAAAACGGACGGGCUGGGUGUGGAGAAUCUGCGCAACGCCGGUAUGAUUGCCGGAGAGACCUCGCGGGCGUACGAAGACGUGGUGACCAUUUCGAUGGUAACGUGCCGAACGAUCGGUAUCGGAUCGUACCUGGUCCGGUUGGGCCAACGUGUCAUUCAGAUCGAAAACUCGCACAUCAUCCUGACCGGAUUUUCCGCGUUGAACAAGCUGCUUGGCCGCAAGGUGUACGCCUCGAACAACCAGCUCGGUGGCAUCCAGAUCAUGCACAACAACGGCGUCACGCACAAGACCGAAGCUCUCGACCUGGACGGUGUCUACACGAUCCUGUACUGGCUCUCUUACAUUCCGGACGUGCGCGGCGGUACGCUGCCCAUCGUCACCGCCAGUGACCCGAUCGAGCGGCCAAUCGAUUUCAUGCCCACCAAGGCGCCGUACGAUCCCCGCUGGAUGCUUGCUGGCCGAGUUAAUCCCGCGAACCCUUCCGAGUGGGAAACGGGCUUCUUCGAUCGGGGCACCUGGUCCGAAAUCAUGGAACCGUGGGCCCAAACCGUCGUGGUGGGUCGCGCCAAGCUCGGUGGCAUCCCGGUGGGCGUGAUCGCCGUCGAAACUCGAACCGUUGAGCUGACCAUCCCGGCCGAUCCCGCAAACCUCGACUCCGAGGCGAAAACAUUCCAACAGGCCGGCCAGGUGUGGUUCCCCGACUCGUCCUACAAGACGGCCCAGGCCAUCAAGGACUUUGGCCGCGAAGAGCUGCCGCUGAUCAUCCUGGCCAACUGGCGAGGAUUCUCCGGUGGACAGAAAGACAUGUACGAGCAGAUCGUCAAGUUCGGCGCGUACAUCGUGGACGGCCUGCGCGAGUACAACCAACCCGUGGUGGUGUACCUGCCGCCGAACGCGGAACUCCGCGGCGGUGCGUGGGCCGUGCUCGACCCGACCAUCAACCCGCGCUUCAUGGAGACGUACGCCGACCCGGAGUCGCGCGCCGGGGUGCUCGAGCCCGAGGGCAUCGUCGAGGUCAAGUUCAAGGAGAAAGACAUCCUGAAGGCCAUCUACCGGCUGGACCCGGUCGUGCUGGACCUCAAGCAAAAGAUCGCAAACGCGGGCGCCAACAAGGAGGCCGUCACCGAGCUGGAGAACCAGCUGAAGACGCGCGUGACGGCGCUGCUGCACGUGUACCACACCGUGGCGGUGCACUUUGCCGACCUGCACGACACCCCCGAGCGGAUGCUCGAGAAGGGCUGCAUCAGCGAGAUCGUGCCGUGGCGCAGUUCGCGCAGCUACUUCUACUGGCGGUUGCGGCGCAUGCUGCUCGAGGAGCACUUUAUCAAGCAGAUUCUGAGCGCCCAGGACAGCCUGGCGGUGGGGCAGGCUAAGGAGAUGCUGCGCCGGUGGUUCGUCGAGGACAAGGGUGCCACCGAGGCCUACCUGUGGGAGAACCACAACGAACCCGUGGUUGAGUGGCUGGAGGGCCAGAAGAAGAGCGAUUCCACCGUCUGUCGAAACAUUUACGCCGUGAAGAAGGACGCGAUUGUGUCGCAAAUUCAGAAGGCACUUGAGGACUGCCCGGAGGCCGCGCUGGAUGCCGUCAUCGGCCUCUGUCAGGCCCUCUCACCGGCGCACCGUGGCGAGGUCGUCAAAACCCUUUCGCAGCUGGAGUUCACCGAAAAGGAGCACGCCAGCAUGGGAUGACCGUCGCGCCGGGGCUGCUACAAGUAACGCUCGUCGAGGCGGCGGCCGCGUUGAGUUGAGACUCAAGCUCAACCUCUGUCUUCAUCAUUUUGGGUGUCGAUUAUUGCGCGGUUUCACUUGCUUGCCAAAUGGAACAGCGCAAGAUUUCCGUUCCAAGACAAGAAAAAAAAAAAUAAUUAAAGAAAUGCUUUUGUUUCGUCCGUUUUAUUCGAUUGUUACAAUUGCAAGCAAAAAAAAAAAAACUCCUUGUUCACGUUUCCAGCGAGAGUGAAUUAAAACCAAGCCUGUUUCUAAUUAUAUUAGACUGUACUAAAAGGAAAGAACGAGAAGUUGUAGCUAGUAAGAAUAUAUCUAUUCACAAAUAGAAGAAGAAGCAAGCUUCAAUUUAAAAACAUUGAUCAAACAAAGCGGUUCAUAGUGUUAGACUAAUUUAUUGUUGAAACGAAACAUCAAUCAACAUGCAAAACAAAACUAAAUUAAUCGAGGAAAUCAACCCGUUUCCUCGCCGUAGGGUAGUCUGUAAGAUGGAUAAUUGUAAAAAGUAGUUACUUUUAAAUCCUCGUUUGCAGCUCGCCAAAAAAUACAAAUCAAAAACAAAUCCCACUUUUUUGUGCUGUUUAGUUACUUCUUCGUUACUCUUCUACCUAGUAAGUGUUACUCUUUCCAUGGACGUAAAUUAAACCUCUAUCUUUUUUUUCUGUGGUUGGUUAGCGUUAGUGCUUUUUUGCAACCGUACGAUUAGUUUUUAGGGCACCCGGGUAGCGGAUAGAACUAGAACGACGAGAAGUAGAGGAGACAAACUUGUGUGGCGCACUUUACGAAAAACUCUUAAAAAGGGAACUUCAAUUUUGUAGAUAUUUAUAUACUUUUGCUUUGGAAUAACAAAAAAAGAAAUUGCGGUCAAUCAAAAAAGUAUCCACUCAUUCAAUAUAAAACAAAUCUUUAUUCCAUCGCAAGCAAACUAGCAUAGCUAAAAGAAACCUGGAGAAGAGGCAGAAUUAAGUAAAGAAAUAAAAAGGGCUCAGCUCUUCUAGGUAAGCUUGCACACAACGGCUGGACAUAAUGCAGCGCAUCACACACAAACAAACAGACAGAAUCUUCAGCAAACACUGUUGUACAAACCAAUGGAGAUUUGGAUAAGUAAAUAAAUUACUGAAUCUAGUGAA